AUGGACAUCGAAAAUAUUCACAUAGAGGCUGAAGUUUGUAGUUCUGAAAGCGGCAACAGGAUACUUCAAGUUGACAGAAAAGUGAUAUCAUCACAUGAAGGUGCUUCAUCAUCCGCGUUGUACAAAAUGUUUGAUGAUGAUGAUGAGACGGAGGAUUAUUUUGAGCCAAUCCCACAAUGGGAAUGCUUACCACAUUUCAUCAUCACUGACAUUGCAAAUUACCUCAGCGACGUGCAUCGGAUCAGCAUGGCUCUGGUAUGCCGCAGCUGGUUUGUCUGUGUGAUGAAAGCUCCACGAAUUUGGAGAGACAAGACCAUCACUCUGACAGGCGAAAAAUACGAUCAGAAUCAUCUUCGUUACGUCCGCUCUGUUGGACGGUAUCUCCAUUCUUUCCAUGUAUUCUCCCACAUACGAUCUUAUUACAACCGGUAUCAAGUUCGACGGUUUCAACGCAUCUUGACAACAAUUUUGGCAGAGCUCUAUCGUAAGGGACCAGUUCAACUGAAAGAAGUGUCUUUUGUCGAUUUUUUUAUCCACCGCCACAUGCGAUUUGAUCGGGAUCAAGUUUGUCGUAAAGGAGUCUUACGAUCAUUGAGACGAUUUCUGCGAGUUCAGUAUCGACUGGAAUCAGCUGACCUUACUGGUAUAUGCAUCAAAUUUGAAGAAGCAAUUCAACUGCUCAGUUGCCUGCCAACCAGCUCCGGCAAAACCCUCUCGAACCUUUACAUUCACCAGCUUCUGCAAACACACGAAGAGGGCUACACGCAGAUGAGUUUUGUAGAAGCCAUUGGUCGAUUCGAAAACCUUAGUGUGCUGCACAUCGACUAUAACUGUAUAUCAGACGACCUCUUAGUAACUCUGUCGGAACACAAACGAGGUAUUCUUCAGGAAAUUGUGAUCAAGUGUCGACGCGAAGACACACAUAAUCACGUGGUCGAAGAGGAGUCAUGGAGAAAGCUGCACAAGAGUAUGCCGCUAUUGACAGUGGAGAUGGUGUGCCGGGAGAUUGUGCGUUUUUCUGCUCUAAAGCCAAUCUUGGUAUCGAGCAUGCAAUUGACUAGUCUAGAGAUCCUUGGCCAUGAUAACUCGGACAACUUCCAACCUGAUCGUCUGCUGAGGCAUAUUGCCAAGGCGUUUCCGAUGUCAUUGGAGAGAUUGGUGGUAGACGUCAAUCAGGUUCGGAGAACAAUGAGCCAUGGGUUUUUAGCAAUCAUCAUGAACUGUAUAAAUAUUGAUUACUUGGAAAUUCAUGGUAGAAUCUUGGUGGAGUACCUACAAGAGAUGUUCGAUCAUUUCCAGGUAGUUGUCAAUAAGGAUAGAUUGGCGCCAGGUCCAAUGCAUUUUAGAUAUAUCGGAUACGGCCUAGACCACAUCGAUGGAUUCGCUGAAACAGCGGUGAUGUUUGAAGACUAUCAAAAUUUAGUAACACAGCACAACUGUACGUACGAGUUUCUGAUGGAUCCGUAUUUAGCGACUGCCUGGUUAUAACAACCUCAUUUAUUAAUUACAACCUUGCUCUACGUUUUUGACGAAUCAUGUUUAGUAUAAAGAAAGGGCAAAGUUCGGUUGAUUCUCGAGCUUGACAAAGGGCUGGCAAAGUAAUCAUUUAAUCUUUGUAAUCGAUUUAC